UCUACCCUUAGCAUCAUUCUUGUUCCAGCAAAAGACCUUAUCUACGCUAUUACCAAUCAACUUCGAGGUCUCUUCUGCACUUUUUUCCCACACAUACAGGACCGAGAAGUCGAGAAGCUAGGGAGGGGGGACACGACGCCACCGAGAGGGAACGCGAGGUCGCCAUCACCAUGGGGGGAGGAGUCAUGCGCACCGCCGCGAAGGUCGGCAUCGCCGGAGGCGCGGCGGCGGCGGCAAAGAGCGGCCGGUUCCGCCACGCCGCACCGGCCUUCGCCACGGCCGCCGCCGCCGCGGGUUCUGAGGCGGCGCCGCUUGUCUCCGCCUCCGGUGGCGAGGCGGUGCCCCCCGCUACGGCGCAGUGGGCGGCGUCCUGGGAGCUGGACGACUGGGAGUUCGCGGACUGGAGGGACGACUCCGCCGCGGCGGCGGUGGUGGUGGCGGAGAGGGAGGCCACGGCAGCGGCCGCGAAGCCCAGGCUGGUCUUCGCGCCGCCGUCGAGGGAGGAGGCCGAGGAGGCCACGAGUGAGCUCAGGGACGCCAUAGAGAGGGCCUAUUUCAAUGAGACACCAGUUGAGGUUGUUAAGGAACAGGAUAAAGAGUUUAAUAAGCAGGCAACCGAUGCCAUAAUUCCUUCCAUGCCUGGACAUGUGGUCCAAGCUUUUACAUUGCUGAAAUCAAGCCCGGAGGCUCAGAGUGUUGUAGCCUCCCUUGCAUCAGAUAGAAAUGUCUGGGAAGCAGUAUUGAAGAAUGAGAAGGUUAUGGAAUUUUACAAGAAUCACCAGACAACUCUAGUUGAGACAUUCCCUGAAGAAGCAGCCACAGUAGAGUCGCCGGGGAAUUUUGAAGACGCCACCUCUGAAAAUGCAUCCAACACUGAACUCCCCACUGGCUCACCUUUCUCUGAUUUUGUGGACAAUGCGAAGAAGAGAGUGAUGGAUGUGAUCUAUAAUAUAACCGACUUUUUCAAGGACUUGUUCGACUCAGCGGGAGCACAGGACGGAGCAGGCCCUUCAGCUGAGAAGGGUCCUUCUGCAGCAGAGAUGGCUCUCGGCGGAUCGUUCAUGGCUCUGGCCAUAGGGGUCAUCCUAGUUGUCCUGCUCAAGAGGGCAUGAUAGCUCAUGAGUACCCUCUGGGACUCAUGGUACUUCAAAUCUGUCGAAAAUUACUUGUCUAUCGUAUGGUCAAGAACUCUGAAUGUAUUGUACAGCUUGUGUCCUUGUCCUUGGAAACAGUACAAUAAAAGACUAUCUAUGCUAUAGUAUUUUGUGUGUAUCUUGGUUUUCUGAACCUCUGAUGUGCAGACACCGUAAGAGCCAAAUGUUGUGCUUGAUUA